AUGUUCACUUCUCUUCAUGUCUAUAGUCUUUAUAUAUACUCUCUUUGCCAAAAUUUCGUACAUUAUGAUCUCACUUCAAGAAUGGUGAAAUUUCGAAUUCAAAGCCUAUUUAUACACAUCUACAUCACUGUUUCGUUACAACAAAGAAGAAUCAACUCACCAUCUAACAAUCCGCUAAACAGAUCAGAAAGGUUCUGGUUUGCGUUCUCCUUUUCGCGUAUUUCAAGAAUGUUUUUCUUUCGCUAUUUGUAUGCGGUUUUCUUGUGUGUUUUGCUUGCUCCAAGCUCCCAAGCAGCAGCAACAUUGAGUACCAUCACAACGAUCCAGAAUGGGGUUACCAAUUACAUUGUAACGACUUUGACGGGUCCUGCGGCCGCAGGAACGGGAACCACAACAGGUACCGGCACCGCCACCGGUACUGCCACUGGAACUGCCACUGGAACUGCCACUGGAACUGCCACUGGAACUGCUAAAACCACUACCACUGGUACUGGUACUGCUACCACGACUGGCACGGGUACUGGUACUGCUACCACUGCCACAGGUACUGCUACCACUACUGGCACAGGCACCACCACUCCCCUCACUCCUGCCACCACAACCACUCCUGCCACCACAACCACUCCUGCUACAGCAACCACUCCUGCUGCCGCUGCAACCUCGUCUUCUAAAUCUGUCUCGAAAGCUCCAGGCACAAGACCAGAUCCAACUACGAAUCAAACUCCUCUGCCUGCCUCAGCAGUGACUACUCUCUCCAUCGAAUCUUUCAUCACCUUGACGGAAGAAUCUACUACUUAUACCACCACCAGAGCCCCCACGUUUGUAUGGGUCACAUACACCACAGAAGGACGUACCAUUACAACUUCCACAACAUUUGUUCAGAGGUAUCAAACUCAAUUUUCCGUGGCUGCAGACCCUUCUUCGGGAUCCAUAGGUAUGGGUUCCCUAAGCGGGGAAGUGGGUCAGGUUAGAACCGCAGGCGUCGUCACUCUAUCCAACGCUGCACCCGAUAUGAUGGCUUCCCUUCCUUUAUUCGGAGGUGCAUUGGCAUUGAUUUCAUGGUUGCUAUAA